GACGUCGAGAGGGGGCGAGAGAAAGAGAGAGAGAGAGAAAACAACAAAACAAAAGGGGGGCGCGGGCGGCCGACGCCAGCACAUCCUCCUGCUCCCCACCACCACCUCCCGUAUCGUCCCUUCCAAAUCCACACCUUUCCGCCGCCGCCGCCGCCGCUAUCGCCAUCCUUCCGUGAGGGCACCAACCCCCCUCGCGGUCCGACGAGGACGGGGAGGAGGCGCGGGAGCGGAGCGGGAAACCCUAGAUGACCCGAUCCCGGGUUCGGGAAUAGAGAGCCUCCGGAUUGCCCCUUGGAUCGCCGCCCCGCCCCGCCGCGUAGGGUCGCCGCGCCUAUAGAUCGGUUUGGGGGAGUGCCAAGUAAUGAUGGGGUCGAGGCGGUCCAGGCGCGUUUCGUGGGCCGCCGGGGCCAAUCUCUGCAAGGUAAGGCUUUUUCUCUCAGAGGAUUCCCCUUCUCAAGCUGGAUUAAGACCGCAGGACAAUCUGCAAGCAAAAGGCUCAUGGUUAAUGCAUGCAGCUGGCCCAAGCUCAGAUGAUUCCCUGCCUCCGGGCUUUGAAUCAUUGCAGCCAACCAACAAUCACAAAAUUGACAUAUCUCAAAUCCCUCUUGUUAGGUGGAGAUGCCCACCACAGAUACUUUAUAAUCCUGAUUGGCUUGUUGUCGCUGGAGAAGAAAGUGUGGAGGUCGGCUUACAGAAUGAGAGAAUGUUUGGAGCACUUGAAGCUAUAUAUCCACGGCCAUCAAACAUUCCUCCAAACCCAUUUGUUUCUCCUGAUGUGAAAGACUCCUAUUUCGAUGAUUCCCAGACCCAAUUGGUUCCAUUGAUCCCUGUUGAAGAGGACGAUGCUUCUGAUCAGUUGGAAGAGCAAUCUGUUGGUCCACCAAACAGUUACCAUCAGUCAGAUAAGUAUGACUCUGCAACAGUCAGGGUUCCGCAAGCCUCAGAUGCUCCAUUUACCACAGCACAGCAGCAACCCAAUGGUUCCAUCAACACAGCUAGUGCUGGUGGUAUCUCCAGUGAACCUGAUGCAGUGGCUGCUGCAUCUGCUGCAUACACUGCAAUAAUGCAAAGCAAUCAAAUGGGAAAUAUGAUUGACCAAGAUCUACUCAUCAAAAUACUAAGUGACCCUGCCCAACUUGAGAGGCUAAUGAAAGAAUAUGGCACACUUAAACAUGAACAACCAAUUAACAGUUCUGCUCCUGCCCCGAUGCUGCCGGGCCUGCCGCCCCAAAUGACAGCUAGUGCUCCAGUCCCUUUCCCAGAUCAUAUGACAACAUUUCACAACAUAAACCCUGGGCUGCCGCCUCCACCACCUGUGAUGAAUCGGCUGCCUCCAGCUAUUCCUUCAGUUGGCAUGAAUCCUCCAGCAAGUUCAAGUCAAGCAAUUAACUUUUCAAAUGUUCCUGGUAGGGGUAUCAACUACUACAAGACCCUGAUCCAUCAGCAUGGAGGGGAGAGGCAGGAACCACUUCAGCAGCACGGGAUGCAGUUUGGAAUGCAUCACCAUUCCGUUCCUUCGCAGACUAGCACCAUUGAUGUGAUCAGCAAUGGUACUAUGCCAGGUAGGGAGAUUAAGCAAAGGCCUACGAAGCCCUGUGCUUACUUCAACAGUGCCCGGGGGUGUCGCAAUGGUGCCAACUGUACGUUCCUGCAUGAUGUGUCGGCCGCAAGGAAAGAGCAGCCAAAGGGAUCGAAAAGGAUAAAGCUAGAUAGCAGAAUAGCAGGGCGGUAUUGAGCUACAGUUGCUGCUGUUUGAUUUUUUAUUGUUCUUUGGUUUAAUAUCCUUUUUUACGACUGGUUCGGUAAAUAUUGCGCCUCAGCUCCUUGUUUCUUUCUCAUUACAGUAUCCUUUGUUGACGAAAAGGAAUCUUUUGAAUGAAAGAAGAAUAUUCCAUGAAUCAUUGGAGCUCAGUCA